GCCCAAUUUUAUUUACUCGUAAGGGCUGAUUUUUCAAGAGCCAGAUAAAACGUCAAGUAGCUAACUGAUCAAUAACUUUAUCUGAUUCUUUAACGAACCAAUAAAGAGUUUCAAUUUUUCAAAGCAUAGUUACCAGUCAGUUUACUACCUGACCUUUUUUUGUGACUAGCUUCACACUACAUCUGUGUGAGCGAGACGCGCUUAUGAACAUUUACAGAUCUAAGAAAGAGACAAACAAUUUUCAACUUAAUGACAGCGGUUGUCACAUUUUAGAGGGAAUCAUAACAUAACCUUAAACUUUGACGACUCGUCUUCGUGUUAAUAUUUAUUUUCCGUUCGAAUUUAUUGUUUGCUUUUUGUGUGUUGUGUGUAAUCAUGGAAAAUAUCGUAAAACGUGAACGUUCCACGAAUUUUAACAAAAGCGAAAUAAGAUUAUUGACUGAAUUGGUGGCAAAACACCGUACUAUAAUUGAAAAUAAGCAGACAGACGCCGUAACCAAUAAAGAAAAGGAAGCAGCGUGGAUAAAAAUCAGUUCAUUAUUUAAUGCGGCUACGGGAUUUACAGCGAGGAGUACCAAGAGCCUGAAGCUUAAAUAUGAAGGCAUAAAAAAGGAAACCAAAAAAACAUUGGCCAAACAUCGGCAAGAGCUGUACAAAACUGGUGGCGGGCCCUCUUCAGCCCCAGAGGUUACAGAUAUACAGGAGAGGGUUAUCGCGAUAUGUUCGAAUAUCAAUGGGCUGGAUGCUCGAAAUGACAGCGACAAAAUUCCAGAACCUUUAGAACUGGAAGAGACUGCUAAAGUUGACCCGCUAUCGUUGCCACUGCAAUCAUUAGAAAAUAAUUUAGUAAUUGUACCAUGUGAUGACGAUAUUCCGUGUACUUUAGAUCAAGAAGAGUUUUGCCCGCAACAGGAUUUAAAGGAGAAAGUUAACAGUGAAAUUGGAAAUGACAAGGCCUUUGAUGACUUUCAAUCUAUAGAGAUACAGGAUAUGGAAGUGGAUCAAACUGAAAAAGAGAAUAAGUGGUCUUCAUGGAAGCCAAAGGCUUUAAAAACUAAGAUUAGUCCAUACUUGAAAAGUAAUCAAAAAAUUACUAAAGUUGGAGUGACUGCAAAACUGGACCAUUUAACUGAAUCUCGCUUAGAGCUAGUGAAGCUCCAGAAGGAAAUUGCCAUAAAAGAGCAUGAGUUUGUCAAACAGGCACACUUAUUAAAAAUGCAGAACCUGCAUAAUGAUGAAAGAAGGAAGCAGGAAAUGCAUGAAGUACUAUUAAGUAAGCUCCGUACUGGUGUAAAUUAUGGAACAAGUCCUUUAGAAAUAAUAAAUAAAGAUUUAUAAAAUGUU